GCGGCGGUUGGUUUCAUUCUCGUCAAAAACUGUCACACAACAUUUGACGCGAGUCAACAUUGACACAAUUUUCUAUUGUUGAACAUGUGUUUUUGAGUCGGACCGUGACAAGAAUUGAAAAAUCGUUCGACAAGUCUGUGAUUUGCGGUGGUGAUGGCUAAGGAGAACGACAAUGGGGUGCGGGAGUUCCAGUUCCAGGCGAGGGACACGUCGAGCAACUGGCAGAAGUUUAAGCGGGGGAUUUACAAUCCCGAAACGAAGGAGUAUUUGGGGAGGACACCGAAAAAUUGGGGACAAUUGUUGAUCUUCUACACCAUCUUCUACGUGAUCCUGGCGGCGCUCUUCGCUAUCUGCAUGCAGGGCCUGUUCGCCACCCUCAUCGACAACGAGCCGAAGUACAAGCUGGACGAGAGCCUGAUAGGCACGAACCCCGGCCUCGGCUUCAGGCCGAUCUCCGACAGAACGGAGGACGGAUCGCUCAUCUGGUACAACGUGACGAACGCCACCACCGUCGACAAGUGGGUCAAUUUACUCGACGGCUUCCUUGAACAUUAUAACAAACCGCAAACGGGGGAGAAUUUCGUUAACUGUAACUUCUCCCAAAGCCCGCCGCCCGGCUACGUUUGCGUCACCGAUCUCAGCUCCCAAUUUGGGAAUUGUACGCCGGAGAACAAGUAUGGGUACAACACGAACAGUCCCUGUAUUUUUCUCAAGCUUAAUAGGAUUUUCAACUGGAAACCGGAGUUUUACACUGAACCUAUUGAGGAAAUGCCUAAGGAGUUACAAGAUCACAUCUUGAGCCUCGAGCCUGAAGAACGCGAACAAAUCUGGGUGACUUGUCAAGGCGAAGACGACAUCGACAAAGAAAUGGCUAAUGUUUUUGAGUAUUAUCCACGCGGCUUCGCUGGAUAUUAUUAUCCGUACACCAACACCAAGAACUACCUCAGUCCAUUAAUCGCUGUCCGCAUCAGAAACCCCAAACCAAAUAUAAUCAUUACGAUUGAAUGCCGCGCUUGGGCAAAGAACAUUGAGUUUAGGAGAGGCUCCCUGAAUCGUGCAGGUUCGGUCCAGUUUGAGAUAAUGGUGGACACUGAGUAUAAACCUGUGAUCAUCAAUGCUUCGUCAACGAUUUGAAAGUCGACGUUAGUUAAUUAUUUUAGAGCUUAUUAGUACUUAUUGUUUUUAACAUUUGUUAUUUGUUUCGUACUUGGUACUUAAGAUUAUAGGUUGUGCAAAUCGUGUGUUGUUGUGCAGGCUUAUAACGUUCACUGUUUUUACUUAGUAUUACCGCGAAGUAUUCGACCAAAUGUUCGUCAAGUGACCUUAAAACGUGUCCCAACAAAUCGUUUUUAUACAUUCAGUUGCAUGUCUGAAAUUUUAAUAAAUAGAUUGUCCAAUUGA